GAAGACGUUUUUUUUUUAUUGGAUGCCAUUCGCAGCAUCCACAUACACAUGUACGAAACAAAGUCAAGAUAAACGAACACAACGGGAAUUGAAAGCGGAAUCGGGAAUCGGUAACGCCGAAUCGACCACUGGCGUCUGUGAGCGCUGUUUGCUCGUUUCUUUUGCUGCCCACUCGGCCGCUUCUUUGUGCGCAACUGCAGGUACAACAAGAUGCGUCAAUUCAAUAUUUCGGUCAUUGGACUAUCCGGGACCGAAAAGGAUCGCGGCCAGGUUGGCGUCGGCAAAUCAUGUUUAUGCAACAGAUUUAUGCGCCCAAUGGCCGAUGAUUAUUUUAUAGAUCACAUAUCAGUGCUCAGCCAGAGCGAUUUUAGCGGCCGGAUUGUCAAUAAUGAUCACUUUCUGUAUUGGGGCGAGGUGCGCAAGACAACGGACGAGGGCGUUGAAUAUAAUUUCAAUAUUAUCGAGCAAACCGAAUUCAUGGACGAUUCCACAUUUCAAGCGUUCAAAGUGGGCAAAAUGGAUCCAUAUCUGAAACGCUGCACCGCCACCAAAGUCUUCUCGGCGGAGAAACUCAUGUACAUAUGCAAGAAUCAGUUGGGCAUUGAGAAGGAAUACGAACAGAAGGUCAUGCCCGAUGGCCGGCUAAGCAUUGAUGGCUUUGUGGUUGUCUUCGAUGUGAGUCCGGUGCCAAAUCGCAGCGUCGAGAAGCAAGUGGAGUUUGUCCAGAAUGCCAUUGCCAAUAUAUUGAAGAACAAGAAGCCGCUGGUGCUGGUGACCACCAAAAACGACGACGCCUACGAGCUGUAUGUGCGCGAGGCGGAAAAGAUUAGCCAGCGCAAGGACUACAAGAGCACCGUGCAGCUGAUCGAGACAUCGGCGCACGAGAGCAUUAACAUUGAUUUGGCCUUUCUGAUGCUCGCCCAAAUGAUUGACAAGGUGAAGAAUCGCGUGAAGAUCAUCUCGUAUCAGGAAUCGGCCAAGUCGCGCAAGGAACUGCUCGAUAUACGCUCAGAGGCCGUGACGCGACUGAUACGCAACCAAAUCACAGACUAUCACAUAUUGUGGUCGCAGGGCUCCAAGAUGCUAUCGCAGUUUCGCGAAUGGAACGAGUUCCUCAACAUAUUCGGACACGAGGCCGGGCAGAAGCUAUUCCGUCGUCACAUGAAAAAGCUGCGCGACGAUCAUCUCAACAAGAAGCUGCAUCAGUAUUUAGAUAAAUUCGCCCUGGCCCUCGAGUAUCUAUUGCCCGACAUUGGCGCCCUCAACAUAAGCGACGACGAUGCCUGGGAAUGUGCCCGCAAUUAUCUACAGAAUCAUAUUGAGUUCGAGCAGUAUUUCUUUGAGUGUCCACAGGCCACCUGGACGGAGCUGCUCGACAUGGACGAGGCCGAGGAUGAGGCGCGCAUACCGUUUGAUGUGCUCGAGACCAAUGAGGCGGAGACCGUAUUUCGCAAUUACUUGAAUUCCGUGCAGCAGGACAAAAAGAAAAUCGGCUGGAAGCAGCAGUUCAAGAUGCUGCUGGAGGAGUCGGGUUUUGUGACGCCCGGCAAACAGUUGUCGGAGGUGCGUGUCCUGUUCAUGGGCAGGGAAUGCUUUGAGGCGCUAUCCGAGCACGAUUGCCAGCAAAUCUAUGAUAUACACCAGGACGAGAUUAUUGAGAAGAGCAAACAGAACUUUGUCGAGCUGCUGCUGGAGCAUGCGCAAUAUUUUCUCCAGUUCAAGAACGUGGACAUUAUCACACAGGAGGAUGUUAGACAGAUCACGGAUGUCAUACAGGAGGAUUCGCGCUACAAGAUGCUCGAUCGUCUCGAUCAGGAGCGACGCGUCCUGCUCGUUCAGCAUUUACGUUUCAUACACUGUCCCAUACGGGAUCACUGUCCGUUCUUCAACAACUGUGUGGACAAUCUGAUCGAGGAGCUGCUCUCCGAUAAGUCGGCAGCCAAUCAUAAAACUGUCGGCGGUGGCAGUGUUGGUGGCUGGAAGACCACCGGCAAUGGCAGCGAACGCACAUUGAAUCUGUUGAUUGUCGGCUCCGAGCAUUUGGCCAGCGAUCUGCUGAACGAUAUACGCAUCUGUACGGGCAGCAAGGGCGAGUAUAUAUAUGAGAAGCAAACAUAUUAUCUCAAUUAUCGCAUCGCCAAUGGCGACAUGGAGGCAUUCAAGGCCAUCGACGUUUACUCAAGCGGUCUCAUUUGCGUCUACUCGAAUCAGCAAUCGUUUGAGACGCUCAAGGACAAUCUGGAGCGCACGCUGCUGUGCAAUCUGGAGCUGGAGGAUAAAUUUGAGAAUUUGCCCAUUGUGCUGGUCUAUCAGCCGCAGGAUCUCAAAGAGAACGAAGUCGAAUAUCUGCGCAGCGAGGGCAUGCGUCUAUCCGAAAUGUUGCACUGCGAUUUCAUUGAUCACACGCAAAAUCAUCAGAAAUAUGUCUACGAUAUACUCAAUAUAGUCAUACUCUCGUUGAAGCUAAGCGAAAUGAAAAGCUACGAGCCAUAUCCAUCCGCCAAUCAUACAGAUCUACGCAUACUUGUCUGCAUCUAUUGCGGCGAUCAAUAUGAUAUCGAGAAUAUUGUUCAGCCGCUGCUCGCCGAAUCGACGCUGGUCAAGGCCAAUGAGCAUUGCAUUAUUGUCGAUGUAUUCAUUGGGGAUGCCAAACGGCGUGUGGAAUUCAUAUUGUCCUCGUACCAUGGCACCAAUCAGUAUCGGGACGAGCUCAUACAUGGCUAUAUAUACAUCUAUUCGGCCAAACGACGCUCCUCGCUGGCCAAUCUCAACAUUUUGGCCGCACAGAAUGCGAACAUUCCAUUGCAGCUGGUCGCCGUGACGGAGAGCGGCGGUGUUAAUGCAUUUUUCAACAAUGAAAUCUGUCAGUUUCUCAUUACCGAGGGCAAUGCAUUGGCCGAUCGCUACAAGGGCAGCUUUAUGACCUUCUCGGCGGAUCAAUAUGUCAAGUUUGCCUUUUAUAAUCCAUUCCUGAAGACCGCCUGGGAUAACAAAUACGAGGUGGAGAAUCUGCAUGUGGAGGAGUCAAUUACAUUGGAUUCGGGCGAGGGUACACUCGAGAAUUCGGUUAAUCAAAUGCCACGCCCGCCGCCGCGCCACGAAAGCUAUAUGCUAUCCAAUACGCUGGGCACCGACGGUUCCGGCAGUGAGAAUUACGAAAUGCUUCCUACACGAUCUCUCAACUCAUUAAAUGAAGAAAGAGAUAUAUCACUAGAUGAAAUCUAUGAUGACAACAACGAAAAACCCAAACACCUGCAUCAAAGAUUCCAGAUAUUCCCUCCUCCAACAACUCCUCCAGAGCCAGCCCCUCCAGAUCAUCAGCUCAUUACAUGCACAUAUAAGAGUCAAUUCGUUUCGGCUUCAGAAUCAAGUUUGGAAGAAAUAACAUCGGAUGUCAGCGGAUCAAAGGAUUCAUUGGCCACCCACGAUGCAGAGUGGCUGGAGGACAAGAGCGAUGCGCGUCGCAGCACGAACAAGAACUCGAUUUGGAAUAAUUUCGGCGGAUCGACGCAUGCGUAUACAACCGGACGGCGGCAUAUUGAUUCGAAUUUGAACAAGAUCCGUCCGAAGGGUCCCAGCCAGACGCUGAAGGUGGGUGAUGCGUCCAGUCGCAACUGUUGUGCCAUCAACAUGAGCUCCUCAACUUUCACGCUACCCACACAGCAACCGGGCAAGCUGAAUAUGAAGAACUUUCAGUUGGUCAGCGAUGCCGUCGCCAAGAUGAACUUCACCAGCGGCAGCGGCAGCGGCAGCAUGGCCGAUUCCACCUAUUUGGCUGGCUGUGACGGCGUCACAGAGAAGGAUGCCAAACGAUAUGAUCAUGCCCAGCUUGAUGGCGAGGACGAGGACUCCGAGGAGCUGGCCGAGUACGAGCAAAUCUAUGAAAACGAAGACUGCACCGAGUCGGAUAGCUGCGCUAGUUCCACGGAGCGUCGCGUGCGCCAACAGAAUGCGUAUUACAAGGCCAACAAGAAGGCGGCCACAACCAAAAAGAACAAGAAGAAGAAGGUCGCCAUACCGGUGCAGACGCCGCGUGUACCACCAUUUGGCGCCUACGUCAGUCCGCCAGAGAUUCCGUUGCACUAUCAGCGCAUGGCCGCCGUUGCGGCAGCAGGUGAGAAAAAAAAAGCAGAGGCUGGCGUCGUGCCCGAGUUCAUGAAGAGCGACAAAUCGCCAGAGUACUCAAUGGUGCCGGAACUGACGGCGGCGGGCAUAUUUGGUGCCGAGAAUUUGCCCGAAUACAAUAUGAAUGCCAAAUGCAUGAAGGACUUUGAGAAACUGGAGAAGCGUCGCAUCAAAGAGGAGGCGGCACGAUUGCGAAAACUGCAGGAGAAGGAAAAGGAGCAGGAGAAGAAGCUCAAGCGCAAGCUCAAACAGAAUGCAAAAGGCCUGACCGAAACAACAGAGGCGCAAUUUGGCAAGCUAAUGAUCACCUCCGACAAGGAUGAGAUACCCAUCUUUCUCAUCAAAUGCGUUGAGUUCAUCGAGAAGGAGGGCUUGGACUCGGAGGGCAUUUAUCGUGUGCCCGGCAGCAGAGCACAUGUCGACAUGCUCUUUCAGCGCUUCGAGGAGGAUACCAAUACGGUUAUUGAUGUGCUGGACAUUCCGGUGAAUGCGGUGGCCACCGCGCUGAAGGACUUCUUCUCGAAACGCUUGCCGCCGCUCUUUAGCAAGGAUAUUAUUAAGGAACUGGAGGAGAUUGCCGGCUCCCGCGGCGUCGGCUCAUCCAAACUGAACGUGGAGGUGAAAACCGAUCGCAGCUGCCGUUUAAUAGCUUUAAAAUCAUUGCUACAGAAACUACCACCCAUCAAUUUUGCCAUACUCAAAUAUAUAUUCCAGCACUUUGUGCACGUUUCGGACAACUCGAAGCUGAACAGCAUGGAUAGCAAAAAUCUGGCCAUCUGCUGGUGGCCGACAUUGAUACCCAUUGAUUUUACGGAUAUGGGACACUUUGAGCAGCUGCGCCCAUAUCUGGAGGAUAUUGUCCAAACGAUGAUUGAUCAAUUCCCAUAUCUAUUCUGUGGCAAAGACGCAUUCGUUAUGGUCUAAUCCAGUUACAGAUCGAAGAUCGAGAAAGGAGUAGGCCCCACAUGGGAUGCAUGGAAAGAACCCAUCGAUCGAUUUAAAGAUCUUAAAGAAUACAAAAGAAAUUAUAUAUAUAUAUAUAUAUAUAUAUAUAUAUAUAAUUGAAAGCCUGGCAGCAAGUCGCGAUAAAUUGUCGUAACAUUUUGUAAACGCAACAGUAUGAAAAUGCAUAUGUACUCCAAACAAUAUAUAUAUAUAUACACAUAUAUAUAUAUAUAUAUAUUAUAUAUAUUAUAUAUGUGUAUAUGUAUAUUUGAAUGUGUGUGUCUGUAAUGUAUUUGGUAUUGCGAAAAGUAUAAACCAAUUAGUUAAGUAGGGUAUAUUUAUUUUU